GUCGUCACUUUUCCACCACAGUUGAGAUUCACGGAGCAAUCACUGAGCGUGGUUAUCGUAUACUGCUUAUUAUUCGUAAUAGCUGCGGUGGGAAAUUUGACUGUAUUCAUCACUCUGUCGCGUGGGAGGCACCGGAAGUCAAGGAUAUCUCUAAUGAUAUCGCACCUGGCAGUUGCCGACCUCCUCGUUACGUUUCUUAUGAUACCGCUUGAGGUGGGAUGGCGUCUGACGGUUCAAUGGGUCGCCGGAAACUUGGCCUGCAAGGUUUUCCUUUUCCUGCGAGCGUUCGGUCUCUAUUUAUCCAGCAACGUCCUGGUCUGCGUCUCGUUGGAUAGGUAUUUCGCGAUCUUGCACCCUCUAAAGUUGAACGAUGCCCGCCGUCGCGGGAAGAUAAUGCUGAUUGUUGCAUGGAUCUGCAGCCUUCUCUACGCAGUGCCGCAGAGUUUCAUCUUUCACGUGUCAUCUCACCCCGAGUAUCCGAAUUUUCAGCAGUGUGUGACGUUCGGAUUUUUCAUGAACCAGGCAGAGGAGAUAGCCUACAAUCUGUUCUGCGUAGUUGCCAUGUAUUUCGUACCUCUUUUAAUAAUCUGUUGUACUUACACCAAGAUAUUGUGCGAGAUAAGUAACAAGAGCCGCGAGAGCAGACAAGACACUAGGGAAUCGGAAAGAAGACGAACCAAAACCAACAGAAGCACAAACAGUGCCGCUGGAGGGCGAUUGACUUUGCGUAGAUCGGACACAAGCACCAUAGAAAGGGCGAGGAGCAAGACGCUGCGUAUGACCAUUACCAUCGUAUCGGUGUUCAUUUUUUGUUGGACUCCGUACGUUGCGAUGACCUUGUGGUACAUGUUCGAUAGGGAGAGCGCGAUGAGAGUCGACACUUGGCUCCAGGAUGCUCUUUUUAUCAUGGCCGUGGGAAAUUCCUGUGCCAAUCCCCUGGUCUAUGGAAGUUACGCCGUCAAUUUCCGGCAGGAAUGUUCAAGGUGUUUUUGCCUCUGUUCAAACUCCCCGGAAGCAAACCUUGACGUCAGAUUAGUCUGUCGAAGCACGGGAAAAUGAAAAAACACUGCCGUGUAGAGAGCGGUUGCCCUGACGCUCUCUAAC